AUGCAAGUUCCGGACGGCAGUAAAAGUGGCGGCUGCAGCGGGGACGCAAGCGGGGCGGUGACCGUGUGGGAAGUGGUCUCACUCUUGGGAAAACUGCUAGGCACCGUCGCCGCGCUGAAGGUGAUUCUGUACGUGCUCCGGGUGUGCUUAGCGAUGGCCUUGAAAUCCGGCGGCGCCAGCCACUCGGAGCUAAUCCACAACCUCCGCAAAAAUGGAAUCAUAAAGACAGAUAAAGUAUUUGAAGUGAUGCUGGCUACAGACCGCUCCCACUAUGCAAAGUGUAACCCUUAUAUGGAUUCUCCACAAUCAAUAGGUUUCCAAGCAACAAUCAUUGCUCCACAUAUGCAUGCAUAUGCACUAGAACUUAUAGACCAGUUAAAGCCUGGUGGAAGAUUGAUAUUGCCAGUUGGUCCUGCAGGUGGAAACCAAAUGUUGGAGCAGUAUGAUAAGCUACAAGACGGCAGCGUCAAAAUGAAGCCUCUGAUGGGGGUGAUAUACGUGCCUUUAACAGAUAAAGAAAAGCAUUGGUCCAGGUGGAAGUGAUUUUCUCUUCUCCUCUUUCUUCCACACAUGCAAGGGACGAGCUGUAAAAGCAACAUCAGCUUGACCAGUCUAUAAUAUUGCAGUGGAUUGCUCAUCUCGGUCCCUAAAGCUCUUUGAAAACCAACAGCAUCACAGCUUGUUUUGGACUUUGUUACACUAUUAUUUUCAGCAUGAAAAUGUGUGGUUUUGUAGGGUUUUUUAAUUCUUUAGAGAGGC